AUGGCAGUGCACAUGCGCCUACUGAGCGAUCCUGACUCCGAGACCACUAGCAUGGUCUUCGUGGUCACCACGCCCGCGCCCAUGGUAAGGCCGACUCCCACAACGUCGAGGCACCCUACCACGGAUGAAUCUACAAUGGUGUCGCCAAACCGCAGGAGACAUUCUAACGAGGCCGCGCAGUCGUCAGCCACGAAACGUCGCCAAUCGAAGAAAUACCCGCCGUCGCCCAGGGUUUGGGUGAACUUGGCAGUGCGUGUGCGCCUACUGAGCGUUCGUGACUUUCAGACCGCAAGCAUCGCCCGCGUUCUGGACGACAGGUGCCGUGUGUUCGACCCCAAGGCCGAGGCGAAGUCUUUCCAUUUUCGAGACGGGGCUAAUGCCAUGCCCAAUGAAGACCAAAUGUUGAUGUUUGAUCAGUUCUUGGAUGAAACAAAAGACAAUGUUUAUGCGUGUGAGAGCACCACCAGGGGCAUGCUGACGAUGCUCCUUGAAGGGCGCAAUUGCUCUGUGUUCGCGUGCAUUUCUUCGGGCACCGACAAAUCUUUCGCAUUGCUGGGCUCCGACAAAUGCCCUGGUGUGGUCUCCCUCAUGGCCAGCGAGUUCUACCAGCGCUCGCCCAAGCUGCAGUCAGAUGGCCAGACAUGCGACGGAGCAGUCGCCUAUGUAGAAGUCUACAACAAGAUUGUUCGCGACCUGCUGUGCCUCGACCCGGCCAGAAGCAUUGCCCUCUUGUACCUCACCAUAUACAAGGUGAAGGAGGCCGGCGCCCUCCUUGAGCCGCUCUUGAAAGAAAAGAACCGGGCGCAGCAUAACACCCACGCUAAUUCUGAGUCUUUAUGGUCACACGCCAUCUUCCAGAGCUACGUCACAGUGACAGAGAAUGCGACAAGCACCAGCAAGGAAACUCGCGUCUCGAUGUGCUUUGUCGACCUUGCCAGCUCGGAGCGCGCAGCUGCGGCCAGUAGGGACACAAAGGAUCAGAUGCGCAAGGGUACCAAGCUCAACCUGUCGCUCCGGGCCCUCGGCAACUGCAUCGACGCCCGCCCGAAGAACGGGAAUCAGCAGGUGACCCCAAGCUCACCCACAUCCUCAAGGACUCGCUGGGUGGCUCGGGCAACGCCCUUUUGA